AUGCCGGUAGCCAAGAAACAAGAAUCGAACUUUGCUGCAAAGGACUGGUGUGAUGAAGCCGAUGACUGGGGAGUCUGUGAUGGAGCGGAAUCUCCUGCGUGUGCCUCCCUUCAGCUGCUUGGCUUAAAUGAAGCGAUGAGCAGCUCUUUGUCCAGAGAGGUGGAGUGUGCAUCCCAGUUCCAACAGCUUCGCUUGUCUGAAGCUGCGGAUGGGUCAGGUUCCCUGAAUACGCAUCCUCCAGUCAGUGAGGGAAUGGUAAUGGCAACAUCUAGUUCAGCUCCUGUGUUCCAGCCCUUUUACAUUAGUGUUGUGGAUGAGGAAGACUACACUGGUUUCCUUGAUACAGCUCAUGCAGAUAAGCUAUUGAAGGAGUAUCAGCAGAGAGAGGGUGUUGAUUUGGAACAGCUGAUGUCAGAAAGUUUUGCAGUUGAAGGUGAUAAUGAAAAAUAUGAGAAGAGUGAAGUCAAAAGCAGGGACCGCACAUUCCAUAAAUUUAUGAAAAGAAUAUCUGUGUGUCCUGAACAGAUUCUAAGAUACUCUUGGGGCGGCCAGCCUUUAUUCAUAACAUGUCCUCCAGCCAACAUUAACAAAGGUAUUCCAGCCUGCAGUAACUGUGGAAGCAACAGAGUAUUUGAAUUUCAACUCAUGCCAGCGCUGGUCAGCAUGCUCCAGAGUGAUUCAGAUCUGUCAGUGGAAUUUGGAACUGUUAUAGUUUACACAUGUGAGAGAAGCUGUUGGCCAACGAAUCAUCAAACCCCUCUUGAAGAAUUUAUUUUUGUACAAGAAGACCCAGAUCAGAGAUUAUUUAAAUAAAUUCUAUUUCUCCGCAUAGAUGGAAA